AUGGCUGGACAAGUCCUCCAAGAGGCGAACCCGCCUCCGCUGCCCUCCCACUUGCCCGACAGCAUCCUCGACCUCGCUGUCCAGACGGACAAGAAGCCUUUGGACGAAAAAGAUGCAAAGUCUCUGCGCGACUACCAGAAUGCCGCCUGCUAUAUCGCUGCCGCGAUGAUCUUUCUGCGGGACAACGUGCUGCUGGAGUCAGAGCUUAAGCUUGAGCACAUCAAACCCCGAUUGCUGGGUCACUGGGGCACCUGUCCCGGCCUCAUUCUGGUAUGGUCCCACCUCAACCGUCUGAUUCGCAACCAUGACAUGGACAUGAUCUAUGUCAUCGGUCCGGGUCACGGCGCACCCGCGGCUCUGGCGGCCCUUUGGCUCGAAGGCUCGCUCGAGAGGUUCUACCCCGGCGAGUACGAUGUCAGCAAGCAGGGCCUGCACAACCUCAUCACAAGUCACAUCAACUCCGAGACGCCCGGCUCCAUUCACGAGGGCGGUGAGCUUGGCUAUGCGUUGUCCGUGUCCUUCGGCGCCGUCAUGGACAACCCCGACCUCAUCGUGACCUGUGUUGUCGGCGACGGCGAAGCCGAGAGUGGCCCCACUGCCGGUGCCUGGCAUGCCAUCAAGUAUCUCGACCCCAGGGAGUCGGGUGCUGUGAUCCCCAUUCUCCACAUCAACGGGUUCAAGAUCAGUGAGCGCACCAUCUUUGGCUGCAUGGACGACAAGGAGAUUGUUGCGCUGUUCUCGGGCUACGGUUACCAAGUGUGCAUUGUCGAAGACCUCGCAGACAUCAACACCGACCUCUCCAGCGCUCUGGAAUGGGCGGUGGCCGAGGUCAAGAAGAUCCAGCAGGCCGCACGCUCUGGUGAGGCUAUUGCCAAGCCGCGAUGGCCCAUGAUUGCCUUGCGCACACCCAAGGGAUGGACUGGGCCCAAGGAGGUUGACGGUGUCAUCGUCGAGGGCUCCUACAAAUCCCACCAAGUACCUUUGGCCAAGGCCGGCUCAGAUGAGGCCCAGCUCGGACAGCUGCACGACUGGCUAUCCAGCUACGACAUUGGCAAUCUCUUGCCCGAGGGAAAGCCGACCGACAGCGUCCUCGGGGCGAUUCCCACGAAUGAUGCUAAGAAGCUUGGCCAGCUUAAGGCGACCUACGACCCGUACGUAGGGCUCAAGCUCCCCGACUGGAAGCCCCUCGCCGUCAGCCCUGGCGAGCAGAACAGCUGCAUGAAGGUGACGGGGACGCUCCUCGACAAAGUAAUGCAGGAGAACCCACACGGCUUCCGCAUGUUCUCGCCAGACGAGCUCGAGAGCAACAAGCUCGACGCCGUGCUAGAGCACACGGGCCGCAACUUCCAAUGGGACCAGUACUCGCGCAACCAAGGCGGCAGGGUCAUUGAGAUCCUCUCGGAGCACUGCUGCCAGGGCUUCAUGCAAGGAUACACCCUCACGGGCCGCGUCGGCCUGUUCCCCAGCUACGAGUCGUUCCUGGGCAUCGUGCACACGAUGAUGGUGCAGUAUGCCAAGUUCAACAAGAUUGCCAAGCAAGUGAAGUGGCGCGGGGAUCUGGCGUCCAUUAACUACAUCGAGACGAGCACGUGGGCUCGUCAGGAGCACAACGGAUUCUCCCAUCAGAAUCCGUCCUUUAUCGGCGCAGUUCUCAACCUCAAGGCCGAAGCCGCAAGAGUCUAUCUCCCGCCCGACGCCAACUGCUUCCUGAGCACCGUCCACCACUGCCUCAAGUCUAAGAACUACGUCAACCUUGUCAUCGGUUCCAAGCAGCUCACGCCGACGUACCUCGAUGCCGACGCCGCGGCAGAGCACUGCCGGCUCGGCGCGAGCACGUGGUCUUUUGCCUCGACCGACGGCGGCGCCAACCCGGACGUGGUCCUCGUGGGCGUCGGCGUCGAGGUCACUUUGGAGGUCCUCAAAGCUGCGGAGCUGCUGCGAACGCUAGCGCCCGAGCUCCGCGUUCGCGUCGUCAACGUCACGGAUCUCAUGGUUCUCAAAGCCGAGGCUAAACAUCCACACGCGCUGUCGAGGCAGAAGUUCCUCGAAGUUUUCACUGAUGACCGGGACGUGUGUUUCAACUACCAUGGCUAUCCCACUGAGCUCCAGGGGUUGUUGUUUGGACGGCCGAGCCUGGACAGGGUAACUGUCGAGGGCUAUCGUGAGGAGGGAAGUACGACAACGCCGUUUGACAUGAUGCUUGUCAACUGCGUGAGCCGAUACGACGUGGCGAUUCGUGCACUGAAGGGCGGUGCCAAGGUGAAUGACAAGGUCAAGGCCGUGCUUGAUGACAAGAUCAAGGAGGUGGAGGCGACGGUGAAGAAGAUCCGGGAUUAUAUCCUGGAGAACGGAAAAGACCCCGACGACCUUUACGACACUCCCAAGUUUUAA